AUGACGCCGGCUCCGCUCCUGGCCAAAGUCAAGGAUGUACAGAGUCAUCACUUCGAACAACCAACCAAAAGAAUCCAUGAUGGUGCAGACGUUUCAUUCUUCUUGACUUCCGUUGCCUACAGAGACAUCAUCACCUUUAUCCUACAACUCAGUCGAGCUGUUAUCCCUCGAAAAGAAGAAGUGGACGGCUGCCUCAAAACUAGGACCUGGCCAUUGAAUUCGGAGGAUGUCACGUAUUCUGACUCUGACACGAAAUUACGGACGCUGUUGACCAAGUUAAUCAACCUCAUUGAUGAGGUUCCUCCUGACACUGGACCGAGAAGAUUUGGCAAUGUCAGCUUUCGGAAGUGGUACAAGCUAGUUGAAGACCAGGUGGAUGACCUACUUCAAGAGUGUCUACCCGAACCGUUAUUGGCGGCGCGUGAAGAAAUAGGUCCUUAUCUCCUGGGCAGCUUCGGCAGUCCUCAGAGAUUGGACUAUGGCACUGGACAUGAACUCAGCUUCAUGGCAUUCCUCGCUUGCCUCUGGAAGGUGGAUUUCUUUCCUCAAGCUGAGCCGGGAAUCGAAGAAAGAGGCAUUGUGCUAGGCGUCUUCGAACUCUACCUAUCCCUCAUACGGAAACUCAUCAAGACAUACACUCUUGAACCCGCAGGUUCGCACGGAGUUUGGGGACUCGACGACAAUUCCUUCCUACCCUACAUCUUUGGCUCUGCUCAAUUAGCACCCGCCAUCACAGAGUCCGAUGAUGCUCCAACCGAAGGCUCCUUGCCGGAUGCACCAGAGGCUUCCGCCGUUACCAAAUCGAAUCUGGUCGACAAGGAGAAAGACACAAACAUGUAUUUCUCCGCUAUCGCAUUCAUCUAUGAUGUGAAGAAGGGCCCGUUCUGGGAGCAUAGUCCGAUGCUUUUCGACAUCUCUGGUAUCAAAGACGGCUGGGGCAAAAUCAACAAAGGUAUGAUCAAGAUGUACAAUGCCGAAGUCUUGGGCAAAUUCCCAGUUGUUCAGCAUUUCCCAUUCGGGUCUCUCUUCAAGUGGGAGAAAGAUCCAGAAGCAAAACCUCCACCGACCUCGACACACGCAGCGAAUCAACCUCUCCGAAAUCCCUCAGAUACUCACGCUCCCAGUACCAUGCGACCUACAGGUCGGCCAAUGGGUACAGGGGUUGCCGCACCCUGGGCUGGCGGACCUACACAAGCGCCACGGGGAUUCGUGAACGGCGUCACUCAAGCACCAUGGGCGGUUCGUGGUCCUGCGCCACCUCCACCACCUGGUGGUUUUGCUGCAAGUCGGCGGACCCCUAUGCCAGCCCUUGGUGAAACGCAUGGCAGGCGGACAUUGGGCCCUUCUGCUGAGCAGGAAAGCAAAAGCAACACUGAAUGA